AUGACUUCGAACAUUAAUUGGGAAGAAUUAUCUCCAGAAUUGGAAAAAAAAUGUUUUAAUUCCCAAAUCUGCACAAGAAUUACUUUCUUGGAAGAUGUACUACAAUUAAUUAAAUCAGAAACAUUAGAGGCACCUCAAUUGGGCCAAAUAUCAAUUACAUUAUUAAAAACAUUCGUAUCUUAUACAGAUGCUAAAUCUAAAACCCUAGUUAAGACUAUGUUCGCAGACAUUCUGAGAUUGGAACCUCGUUUGUACGAAAAAUAUAUUUCAUUUAUCUUAGAUCAAGUCAAAAAAUCUCUUGGAUCAAGAGCAUUCGUAGAUUACUUAAACUUACUCGACUGGGUCCAUGAAUUUUUGAUCCUAAUAUCUCAAGAAGAUGAUCUUUUCACUUCUAAUUUCGAGAGACUAUUAGAGGCUCACUGCUUUAUUACAUACGGUAUUGAAUACUCCAUUGACAAUCAAGAAGUCGACAAGAAAGUAAAUGCAAAGAGAAAUCAACACAGAAAUAGAGUUCGUCGCAGUAUCUUACAAUCUACUACCAAGACUUUGAGUAAAAUUUUCAAAAAUGAUAAAGAUAAUGUUACCCAGGCAGAUCAAUUGAUGUCUUUUAUUCUGGAGAAAUAUGCUACAUCAAAAUUACCUGUCACUGGUGUCGUUGUUUUGAUGGGUGCAUUCACUCAAAGCUUUGCACAACUUUCUUCCUCAAAGCCAGUCUACUUUCAAUUACUGAAGGAUAAAUACGUUCAAAAAUACUGUGAAUUUAUCGGAAAAGAGGUUAUUCUUGGGAAAAUUCCACCAUCACCAUUUUGUUUAGAAAUUUCACUUAGACCAUUUAUCAAGGAAUUCGUCGAUGAAGAAUUGUUCAAAUCUAAUUUCGUUCCAAACUUUGAAAAGGCAAACCUAAGGGCUCCAGAAACUGGUUUUACAACGUCAGCCGAAUUCUUUGCUUCUGUAAAUUUAGAAAAGGUUAAUGCUUUAAAUCUGUUCGUUUCCACUAAGCUAAUUACCCAACUGUUCUCUUCGUUGAAAAGCUCCAAGGAAGGAACUAAAAGUUCAGCCAUCAACUUCAUCACUACUUUGUUGACAUCACUUCAUUCAAAAUCCAUUACUGAGGAAGAUAUGGUAAAACUUGUAAAUGAAAUCUUCAAAAAUAUAAAAACCAAUUUAAAUGCCGACUACAAAAUCCUGGCAUCGAAUAUACUUAGAUGCAUUCCUGUCUUUUCACAAGAUGUUUCUUUACUUAUUGUAAAAGGUUUAAAUACAUAUGUUUCUAAAGAAACUAAUGAAAAUGCUCUGAACGAUAUGUUAUUAGCAUUUUUCCUAAAUUUUACAUUCCUUGCAAAUUCUAAUGAUGAUAUCAAUAAAACGAUCGAGGCUGGUCUUUCAAACAAGAAGCCGAGCUUAAAAAAGAUUUGGUGUAGUUCUUUCCUAGGAAGUUCUCCAAAUGCUUCUAUUCCAACCCUUGAGAAAUUUGAAAACGAUUUCUUAGAAUUUAUAAAAGAAACUUUAAACCACAACCAAAAUUAUGACCAUCGUGCUAUCUAUGCUUCUCUUAAAUACAUUGUACAUGUUUACACCAUAGGCUCAGAUAAACUAAGGAAUAACGUUUUGGAAGUUAUAAGGAAUCUACCUAAUGAAAGAGAUUUAGGUAAUGCUAUGUCCAUUGUUGCAUUAUCCACCAAUCUAAAUCCAACCGAUCGUAUGAAUGCUGUGAAAUUAUUAGAAGAGCUCUUCAGAUUAGAGCCUGAACUUUUGGGUAUAAGUGUUGUCGAAGCUCUGAAACAUAGAAUUAUCACUGAUAAAAAUACCAAUGAGGACUCCAUAUCCUAUAAAUUCUGUACACCAUUAUUCUCUGUUAUUUCUCAAUCAAUAGAUGAUAAAGGUGCUCUGGAAAAGGUCAUCAUUGCCGAAUUAUUUAUUGCUGAGUGUGAAAAGUUCCAUCUUAAGAAUGGCUGGGCUGGCUUAGCUCUCUUGGCUGGUUUGGAUCCAUCUUCAAUUGUUAAAAGUAAUAUCGAGAAAAUAAUGGAUAAUUUAGAUAUUUUAGUAAACGACGUCGAGAUAUAUGAAAGUAAACUGAGGGACUGUAUCCUGAAAAGUAUUGCCUAUAUUUGUUUCAUUAACCCAGAUGCUGCCGUUCCAGCAGUGACCGAAUUCUUCCAGAAAUCGUUGACAACCCGCCGUUUAUCCAAGUUUACAGAACAAGAUUUCACAAUAUGGAAUGGUGAAGAAGGUACCAUGGUAAUUGAUGUCCUUGAAAAGAAGAGUGCAAAGCAGCUUUCAGAUAAGAAUACAAAGGAUUAUGAAACUCUGCAAUGGGAACAAAAAAUUAGAAAAGAACAAAGUAAGAAAGCAAUUAGAAAGUAUACAAGAGAAGAGAGAGAAUUAGUUGAUGAACAACUAGAGAAAGAAUCUAAAAUAAGAAGCGAGAUAUCAGAAGUGAAACGUCAUUUAACAAGCGGUAUUACUGUUAUUGGCUUCUUAAGUAACCAGGCACAAUUAGUUGAUAAUGGUAGCGGUCUAUGGUUUCCAUCUGCUGUUUCAUCAUUGUUAACUUUAAUUAAAGAGAAAAAUUGUAAACAUUUGGUAGGCCAGAAAGCGAUAAAUGCAUUCCUAACUUUAUCUGAGAAUACAUCAGAAAGAUUAGGUGGUAUUAAACUAUAUAUUGGUGUUGCUAUCCUUCGUGUUAAUAAAAUUUCUAAUGUACCAGAAAAUUUUACCGAGGAACCAUUAGAUGAGUUAUUAUCAAGGGUUCUAUUCAGAGUAAAGUUUGUCGCCAACCAAAUGUCCUUGGAUGUCGUAAGUUUGUCAUAUUUGUUGCCUCUACUAAUCAAUGUUCUAGAAGAAGGUAAACGUGUAGCUUUAAAGAAUGCUGAUAAACCGGUUGCCAGAACUGAAUUCGUGGAAGAGGAUAAAGAAGAAGAGCACCUAAUGUUGGCUAUGGAGAUCAUUUCGGUACAUGCCGAAGUUUUUGAGGAUCCUUCAAUACCAAGAGCACCAAUUAUGAAUGUCUUGAUGUCACUAUUAGGUUUAGCUUCGAAAGCCAAAAAUGCCAAAGAAUGUUUGAAUGUUCUGUGUCAAAGCAUAUCGGUAGCACCAACUGAUGAAGACCUAAAGAUUAUUCUAGAUAAUCUUUUAUCACCAAACCCAUUCGUAAGAUCAACCAUAUUGGAAAUUGUCGACAACGAAUUCGAACUAGAGGCUAACAUGAAAAAUUCAGCAGAAGUAUUCAUUUGCAGAUUCGACUCUGAAGCUAAUAACCGUGAUAUUGCAGAUUUUAUUUGGGAAUUUAGUAAGUUCGUUAUAGAUAGUGAUUUGCUGAGCUCAUUGAUAUCCUUGUUUGAUCAAGAUGAUAGUGGUUUGCGUCUUUUUGCUGCCCGUGCAUUUGCAUCUGCUGUCCUAUAUUUAGAAAAAGAAAACAAAAAUUCACUAAGAAAUUCACUACAAAUGUUAAUUACGUUUUACAAAGAGAAGGCAGCUCCAUUGGAGGCAAUAAUGGACGAUUAUGGUUUGGUUGCUGUCGCUGCAUCGGACCGUAAGGAUCCAUGGCAAGACAGAAGUACCGCAGCUAUUGCAUUCAAAGAACUUUCCGGUGGUAUUCCAGAAGAAGACACAUAUGUUGUAGACUUAGUUAAGUUUUUAAUUGAAGAUGGUGCCUUAGGUGACAGAGAACUACUUGUUCGUCAAGAAAUGAAGGAGGCUGGUAUUGAAAUAAUUACUUUGCACGGUGCAAAGAAGGCCGAAGAGUUGAUUCCAAUUUUUGAAAACACGUUAACCUCUAACAUUGAAACUACUGUUAAAGAAAAUGUUAUCAUCCUUUAUGGUACUUUAGCUAGACACCUGGAAGCACACGAUGCAAGAAUGGAAACCAUUGUUAACAGAUUGCUUUCUUCUCUGGAUACUCCAUCUGCAGAUGUUCAACAAGCUAUUUCUGAAUGUAUUGGUCCAUUAGUUUUCCAAUUCAGAGACAACGUAGGUGAUUAUAUUGCAAAUUUAACAAACCGUUUGUUGGAUCCUGAGUUACCAUUAACUAUACGUAAAGGUUCUGCAUGGGGUAUUGCUGGUCUAGUGAAGGGUUAUGGUAUUCAAGCCCUUUCAGAAUUUGAUAUUAUCCGUAACUUGAUUGAAGCUUCUGAAGAUAAAAAAAUGGCAAUUCGUCGUGAAUCUGUCGCAUACGCAUUUGAGUACUUGUCGAAGUCUUUAAAAAAAUUUUUCGAACCUUAUGUCAUUGAAGUCCUUCCAAAUAUUUUGAAGAACCUUGGUGAUUCUGUUCCAGAAGUUCGUAACGCCACAGCAGAGGCUACCAAAGCUAUCAUGGCCUACACAACAAGUUUUGGUGUUACCAAAUUGAUUCCUGUCGCAGUUUCAAACUUAGAUGAAAUAUCAUGGAGAACCAAGAGGGGUUCUGUUGAGCUAUUAGGUAAUAUGGCUUACCUUGAUCCUACCCAGUUAUCUGCAUCUCUAUCUACUAUUGUUCCUGAGAUUGUCGGUGUAUUAAAUGAUUCUCAUAAAGAAGUUCGUAAGGCUGCAGAUGAAUCGUUGAACCGUUUCGGUGAAGUUAUCAGAAACCCUGAAAUCCAAAAGCUGGUUCCUACCUUAAUCAACGCCAUUGGUGAUCCAACCAAGUACACAGAGGAUGCCCUAGAUGCAUUAAUCAAUACCCAGUUUGUCCAUUAUAUUGAUGGUCCAUCAUUAGCUCUAAUUAUUCACGUAAUCCAUCGUGGUAUGCAUGAGAGAUCAGCUAAUACAAAGAGAAAAGCUUGUAAAAUUGUGGGUAACAUGGCUAUCUUAGUGGAUAUCAAAGAUUUGGUCCCAUAUCUACAACAGUUAGUUGAUGAAGUUGAGGUUGCCAUGGUGGACCCUGUUCCAAACACAAGAGCAACAGCUGCCCGGGCCUUAGGUGCACUAGUCGAAAGAUUGGGUGAAGAACAAUUCCCUGACCUAAUUCCAAGAUUAAUAGACACCUUAAGUGAUGAAACCAAAUCAGGUGAUCGUCUAGGUUCUGCCCAAGCUCUGGCUGAAGUUAUGAGUGGUCUAGGUCUAUCCAAAUUAGAUGAAUUAUUACCAACCAUCCUUGCUGGUGUUUCUAGUUACCGUGCUUAUGUAAGAGAAGGGUACAUGCCACUAUUACUAUUUAUUCCUAUAUGUUUCGGUGCUCAAUUUGCGCCCUACAUUAACCAAAUUAUCCAACCAAUCCUUGGUGGUUUGGCAGACACUGAUGAAAAUAUCCACGACACAGCUCUGAAGGCAGGAAAAUUGAUUGUUAAGAAGUAUGCUGCGAAGGCUAUUGAUUUGUUGUUGCCUGAACUUGAAAAGGGUAUGUUCAAUGAGAAUGAACGUAUUAGACUAUCAUCUGUACAAUUAACCGGUGAAUUGUUAUUCCAAGUUACCGGUAUUUCCUCCAAGAAUGAAUUUUCAGAGGAAGAAGGAGACCACAGUGGUGAAUUUGGUAAUAAAUUGGUCGAAGUACUCGGUCAAGAUAGACGUGAUAGAGUGCUGGCAGCAUUGUUUGUGUGUAGAAACGACACAUCAGGUAUUGUACGUGCAUCUACUGUUGAUAUAUGGAAGGCACUUGUUCCAAAUACACCUCGUGCUGUUAAGGAAAUCUUACCUACAUUAACAGGUAUGAUCGUAGGCAGUUUGGCUUCGUCCUCUGCAAGUUUGAGAAAUAUUGCUGCUCAAACCUUAGGUGACCUUGUUCGUCGUGUUGGUGGUAAUGCAUUAUCCCAAUUGCUACCAACUUUGUACCAAUCUGUUCAAGAGUCUACUAGUACUGAAUCUAAACAAGGUGUCUGUAUUGCUCUAAAUGAAUUGAUAGAAUCCUCCUCAGCAGAAACACUAGAUGAAUUCCAAGAAAUGAUUGUGAAGAUAUUACGUGAAACUUUAAUCGAUGGUGAUGUAUCUGUCAGACAGGCAGCAGCUGGUGCCUUUGACUCUUAUCAAGAUAUUAUUGGAAAUAUCGCUAUUGAUGAAAUCCUUCCAUACAUGCUACACAUGCUUGAAUCCGACGAAUCAUCUCAAAAUGCAUUAUUAGGUCUACAAGAUAUUAUGUCUACCAAAUCAGAAGUCAUUUUCCCAAUUUUGAUUCCAACUUUGUUGGCGCCUCCUAUCGAUGCUUUCAGGGCAUCCGCUUUAGGGUCUUUGGCAGAAGUUGCUGGACCAUCAUUAUACAAACGUUUAUCAACUAUAAUCAAUGCUUUAGUUGACUCCUUAGUAAAUGAAAAUCUAGUUGACGAGAAACCAACCUUAGAGGCUGCUCUAGAUAAAAUUUUCUUAUCUGUCACCGAUGAAGAAGGUUGUCAUCCAUUGUUACAACAAAUUAUGGCACUGCUAAAGCAUGAUGAUCGCAAAAAGCGUCUUGUUAUCCUGCAACGUUUACCAAAUUUCUUUGAAAAUACUAAUCUUGACUUUGAUUUGUAUAUUCCAGACUUUGUAUCAAAUGCUAUCUUAGCACUUGACGACGAAGAUCCAUUGGUUGUUAAGGGUAACUUCGAAGCUCUAACCACAUUAAUUAAGAAACAAGACAAAUCUAUGCUAGAGAGAUUAGUUAAGCCAGCCAAACAAAGUUUACAAAUGGUGGGUAAACAAGGCGAAGAUCUCGGCGCUUUUGCUCUUCCAAGAGGACCAAACUGUAUUUUACCGAUUUUUUUACAUGGUUUGAUGUAUGGUUCCAAUGAUGAACGUGAGGCAUCAGCGCUUGCAAUUGCUGAUAUUGUCUCUAAGACUCCUGCUGCUAACUUAAAACCAUUUGUCAGCGUUAUCACUGGUCCAUUAAUCCGUGUUGUUGGUGAAAGAUUUAGCAGUGAUAUUAAAGCAGCAAUUUUGUUUGCUCUAAAUAUUUUGUUCGUUAAAAUUCCUCAAUUCUUAAGACCUUUUAUUCCUCAAUUACAAAGAACAUUUGUAAAGUCCUUAUCUGAUGCCUCCAAUGAAACACUACGUCUUCGUGCCGCAAAGGCCUUAGGUACUUUAAUCGAGUACCAACCUCGUGUUGAUCCAUUAAUUAUCGAAUUAGUCAGCGGUGCAAAACAAGCAGCUGAUGAAGGUGUUAAGACUGCUAUGCUAAAAGCUUUGCUUGAAGUUGUUACAAAGGCUGGUUCUAAAUUGAACGAGACUUCUAAGAAGAAUAUCGUCAAUUUAAUCGAAGAAGAAAUGCUUGUUAGCGAUAAUAAACUUGCAGUUGCAUAUGCGAAAUUAAUUGGCUCAUUAUCAGAUAUUUUAACCGAAGAUGAAGCAAAGAGUAUUUUAACUGAAAAAGUUCUGAACAUUGAUUUGUCUGGGGAUUCAGGUAAAUUUGCUAUCCUAACCGUCAAUUCUUUCUUAAAGGAUGCUCCUGGUCAUAUUAUUAAUCCUGAAUUAAUAGAUCAAUUUGUGCCAUACAUUAUCAGUGCUAUUGAUUCUAACGAUAUCUACUUCACCGAAAAUGGUAUCAUUGCUGCUGGUAAAAUGCUUCUAUUAGAAGGUGAAACUAAGUCACCAUUUUCUAAGCAUGAAUCACCUGAACCAUUGUCUGUUGGUGAAGCCAAUAUUAAGUUGCUAAUGGAGAGCUUAUGCAAGACCACAUUGAAACCUGUCUCGAACUCUACAGACGCAAGAAGGCUAUCAUUAGUUGUAAUCCGUACCUUGGCUAGAUUCAAGAUGUCAGAAUGUAUCACCCCAUUUAUUGAUAUGUUAGCUAUUGCAAUUUUCUCAUGUUUACGUGAUCCAAUUAUUCCAAUCAAACUAGCAGCUGAAAAGGCGUACUUAGCCAUAUUUAACCUGAUUGAUGAACCAGAAAUGGAAGGCUUCACAAAAUGGUUCGACGAUUUCUCAGCUAACAAUUCUAGUGUGGACAACCUCGUUGGUACUGCUAUUCAAAUGAGAUCUGUCGGAGAUUACACCAAGAGAGUUGGGAAAAGAUUAGCCAAUGUUGAAAGAGAAAGAAUUGCUGCUGGUGGUGAUGCAGAGACUAUGUUCAGUGAUAGAUUUGAAGAUGAAAAAGAAAUAUGGUCAGUUGGUGGUGUCGAAUUGAACACAGACGCCUAG